GCAGGAAUCAAGUCAGCAUGGCAAAGGAUGGACACGCCCCUUUCCCAUGCCGGAUUCACUCACCCUGUAACUCCCGCUUGACAAAUCCCUCGAACGGCGAUGGCUUGGAGAGUAUGAAGAGAUGCCUGCCGCCUCGGACGCGCAAAGCAAUCUCCCAAGAACGACGGCAGAGCGCACACAUGAUUGCAUUUGAUCCAAAGGAGAGAUCAAAGCAUCACUGGUGCUCUCCACAGACUGAUCGACAUCCGGACCGAUUGGCAACUCGAUCGUAAGACCAGUAUCAUCAAUCUGCUCUGUUACUAUCCCGUCCGAUACUCCAUACUCGGUGCUCGCAGAAUCAGAACGAUACGAUCAUCCUGGAUAGAAACUGGUCCCAGAGAGUAAGCAACACGGUCCGAACCAUCACAUCCUGCUGCCUCUUCUACGGAGCCAGAACGAAGCGAAUACCUGGACAUUUCAAACCAUCAAAGUCAUCAAGAAGAUUCAUCACAAGGCCAGACCGGCGUCAGCUUCUCCGCAUUUUCUGACGACAACUUCAGAAAAAUAGGACGGGGAGUAAGCAACACGGUCCGAACGAUUACACCCUGCUGCCCCGCUAUAGAGAUAGAAAGAACGAGCAUCUGGGGCUCUUAGCCAUAGCAGCCAUCGGAGGGUUUCAUCUUAACGCCGAAAGACAUUCCGGUAAUGCGGGCAGGUGGAGGUGUUCGUAUUGGAUCGGACGGUGGCUCCUCUCACCACCAUCCUGCGACAAGAACACAGCUCCGCGAACACGCCAACCCGACGCACCGAAACAUCAUAUCGCCCCCAUUUGCAGAGAGAAAGCCUGGCAGAACCGAACACUUGAGGGCGAGAAAGAAUGACUUUGACGGAGGUACAAUACCUGAUAAUUGCUACCGACGAAGCAGACGAUGCCAUGCUACAGGCGACGAGGCGGCGCGCAAACCUCUGGGAAUAUCAGGACUCGCGUCAACUUUCCGCAUUUCCUAACGAUGAC